GCUUCAGUUCUCCCUCAGCGCGGGAGGAGGCUGUGGGCUGCUUCGUACUCAGUGCUGGAAUGAGGAGUAAUUGAGCUUGAGUUGAAUCCGAGGUAGCUUUCUCCUCCCGGUGUCAUUGCUGCAGCCUCCAGGGCCCGGUCCCGAAUUCCUCAGCCUCCUGUCUUCCCGGUGCAAAAUCGCCUUGCAAAGACAGCAAAGCCGCCGCAGAAGUUGCCCAGCAUAAGACUCCGGAGGCAUUGGCUCAAUAACUUUUCACGUCAUUUUCUGCUCUGGAGCUCCUUCUCGCCUCUCCUCGCAGCCUUUCCCAUCGCAAAUCACCAGUGCUCAUGGGGCAGGGGAAGAGGAGCUUGCAGCACUGAGCGGAACCGGACCCGAGCCCGUGAUGUCCGGCACCAAAUUGGAGGAAUCCCCCCCUUGCCGCAACUGGUCAUCUGCGUCGGAGCUGAAUGAAACUCAAGAGCCUUUUUUAAAUCCCACUGACUAUGACGACGAGGAAUUCCUGCGGUACCUGUGGAGGGAAUACCUACACCCGAAAGAAUAUGAGUGGGUCCUGAUCGCCGGGUACAUCAUCGUGUUCGUAGUGGCUCUCAUAGGGAACGUCCUGGUUUGUGUGGCAGUGUGGAAGAACCAUCACAUGAGGACAGUAACAAACUACUUCAUAGUCAACCUUUCUCUGGCUGAUGUGCUCGUGACCAUCACCUGCCUUCCAGCCACACUGGUUGUGGAUAUCACUGAGACCUGGUUCUUUGGACAGUCCCUCUGCAAAGUGAUUCCUUACUUACAGACGGUGUCAGUCUCUGUGUCUGUCCUUACCCUGAGCUGCAUAGCCUUGGAUCGAUGGUAUGCAAUCUGUCACCCUUUGAUGUUUAAGAGCACAGCCAAGCGGGCCAGGAACAGCAUUGUCAUCAUCUGGAUUGUCUCCUGCAUUAUAAUGAUUCCUCAGGCCAUUGUCAUGGAGUGCAGCACCAUGCUCCCCGGCUUAGCCAAUAAAACCACUCUCUUUACAGUGUGUGAUGAGCGCUGGGGUGGUGAAAUUUACCCCAAGAUGUACCACAUCUGUUUCUUUCUGGUGACAUACAUGGCACCACUGUGUCUUAUGGUUUUGGCCUAUCUGCAAAUAUUUCGUAAACUGUGGUGCCGACAGAUCCCUGGAACAUCAUCCGUAGUUCAGAGAAAAUGGAAGCCGCUGCAGCCUAUUUCACAGCCUCGAGGGUCAGGACAGCAGACCAAGUCCCGGAUUAGUGCUGUGGCUGCUGAAAUAAAGCAAAUCCGAGCCAGACGGAAAACAGCCCGAAUGCUGAUGGUUGUGCUUUUGGUGUUUGCAAUUUGCUAUCUACCAAUUAGCAUCCUCAAUGUGCUAAAGAGAGUAUUUGGGAUGUUUACCCACACUGAAGACAGAGAGACUGUGUAUGCCUGGUUUACAUUUUCACACUGGCUUGUAUAUGCCAAUAGUGCUGUGAACCCAAUUAUUUAUAAUUUUCUCAGUGGAAAAUUUCGAGAGGAAUUUAAAGCCGCAUUUUCUUGCUGUUGCCUUGGGGUUCAUCAUCGCCAGGAGGAGCGGCUCACCAGGGGACGAACAAGCACAGAGAGCCGGAAGUCCCUGACCACUCAGAUCAGCAAUUUUGAUAAUGUCUCAAAACUCUCAGAACAAGUUGUGCUCAGCAGCAUAAGCACCCUCCCAGCAGCCAAUGGAGCAGGGCCGCUUCACAACUGGUAGAAUAUUUAUUCAUAUGUAAAGUAUACCUGAGUAAAACUAUUCUUUUUUUUUAAAUCUCUGUCAACAGAAAUUUUAUUAUCCCAAUGAUCUAAAGCUAAAAUUACUUUGUGGAUCUUUUUUUUUUUUUUUUUUUAAUCUAUUGCUCUUUGGAAAUAAAGUCAGUUUAAAAUAAUUUCUCAACUUUUGAUUCAAACAAGUUAGAAAUUUAACCUCCAACUGAACUUAUUUCAAUCUAUUUCACUUUUAGUUUUAUGUAUUAUGAUUUAAGUGUCAAGUAACUGCGUGAACAUUUCU